AUGAGCGCAAAUCCUGUCCUGACAUCUGAUCAAACUGAAAAUCUUGUACCACUCACAGUAAAUGGACUCAAUCCAACACAGGUAUACAUGUUUUCCCUUUAACUUGUCUAUGAACGAUUGCUUAUGCUUCUUUUAAGUCAUGUAAUACGUUGGAUAUUUAGUCAUCUGUCUGCAUCCCCAGUUUUUGUUACUAGAUGGCAACUAACUGUAGUUGCUUAAAAAAACAUUUGCGCCUUCAUGAAAAUGGUUGAGUAUGACUGUGUGGGUAAAAAAUUCAGUCCCUGGAGAGAUCAAAUUUCUACAGUUUGAUGGCAAUUUAUGUUCUAUUUUUAAAAUAAAAUAAAAUAAAAUAUGAACUGGAGGAAUAACUAACUAGGUAGAAAAUGUAAUUUUGGACGGAAAGGUAAAACAAGUGCUGAACAUUACCGUAUUUAUUCGUCUAAUUAAAUAUCGCCUAGCCUGUGUUCCAGUCCACUCGCUCCAAUUAAGCAACGUUUAUAUGAAAAUAAAAUUCCCGAUAUUUAAUUUAUCUAUUACCUCCCCCUCUCCAAUGAGCUCCCUCCUUUUAAGAUGAAGAAAUUUAUUGAAUUAAAUAUAUGCUAUCAAUAAACAAAUUCACUUUUACUGGUAGGAUGUUAGGUUGGAUGUCCAAACUACAAUAGCAAACAGAUUGAAUGAAUAUUGUCGGAACAAUUCUGGGAAUUCAAUUUGUUCUGCCAAUAGGUAGGUUUAUGCAAAGUCUUAUUAUAAGUUUUAUAUUAAACGCCAGCCAAAGGCUUGUUAGCGCCGUUCCGGUGCGAUAGCUUAGCUUUCGCACGGGUAUAUGCACCUGGGCAUGUAAAAGUACCAAUUCCGCUCGGAUAUUUGCAUCCGUGUAUCUGAAUGUACUAAUUCAGCAUAAUUGUCACAAAUUUCAAAGUUUGUUCAGUUUUAAAAGCCAGUCAAUCUUUGACAACAAUACUCGUUGUCUAGACGAAGAAACCAUGGCAACAAAAGAAUAUUUGCGUAAUUUGUUGAUCCAAAGUUUGAUAUGCUAAUCUAAAAAAUGUAUUACGUAAUACUAAAAUACUCAAAAUUUGCUAACUUCACAGGGCUAUAUUUUCCGUAUUUUACAACAUUUCGCAACGAAACUUUGCAAUUUUACUAAUUUAGGAUGCUCUUUUGAGCUGUAUUGAUAUAUUUCGUCUUCCUUGUCUGGAUAAAAAAAUAGUCGAUAUAGCUGGAGUUGUCUAUUUGUCGUCAUGAAUGUUCGAAAUUCUUCGCUUUAAUUCCCAAAAUGAACAACAUUAUAGAUUCACUUGGGAAUAAUUUGUAAUUUAAUUUUACUUUAUUGAAAUUUACAAUAAUCUCGAACAAAUGCAUGGCAACUGUAUUGAAAUUAUCUGUGUUGGUGCAAUGUACUCAGGUGAAUAUGAUGCCUGUGAUGUUACUCUGAGUGUAUAUCCGCACCGGGCAAGGUUGAAAAAUAGUCCUGGCCACGGUAGGAUUCGAACCUACGACCUAGUGGAAAUUAGUUUAAUACGCCGUUUUAUGCAGUUUAUCGACGUCGACUAACAGUAACAUGCAUGAUUUCAAAUCUACUCCAAAUUCAAUCACUUAUAUAUAUUCAAAUUCAAACAUUAAUAUAUCAAGUUAACAUAUGUUGAAUAUAACUAAACUUAUUUGGAUGCAAUAUGUAGUUUUCAUUAUAUAUUAAAUCAAACAAUGGGACUUUUUCGGGGGGAUCCGGAGAUCCGGUAGAUAAUGUAAAAGUCCAAAACAUUUAGCAAGCAAUGUCCCUUCAAAGUAAACUUAUUCAAGUUGAUUGUGAUAUCAAAAAGGGAUUACAUUCAUAACAAUAUGUUCGCUCAUAACAUACAUUUAUUUCUUCACCAGAACCUUCACCAAAGAUGAUGUUCUUGUCCAAAUUGAUCAUGAUACUAGCAGUGUCAGUUUCGUCGUUCUUGAUCCCCAGACAAGGUUACCAGUUUCAGCCAGAGGUGUACAAGAUGCCAUCAGUGGAGAAUUUAUGUCCGACCUUCUUGGCCUAACAUUUACAGUGCCUCAAAGCACAGGUGCUGGUGGCGAUAACGAAGUGGAUUGGCCUUUGAUAUUAGGAUUAUCCAUUGGUGGAGCUUUAUUGUUCCUCUUUGUGAUUCUGUCUAUUAUCAUGUAAGUGAAUAUAAUAAAAUAUACAUGGAGAAUACAGCUAAUUUCAUUAAGUUUUUCCAACGACAAAUCUAAAAGAUAAAAGCCAAGCGCGAAAAGUACGAUGGGAAUGACUAUAGAUUGUAUUAAUUAACUGCGUUUAAUAAAUACCUAUUUUCCCUAAUAUAACCAGUAUAACUAAAGUUUAUGGAGUUUGCCAGUGAUUGCAUUUGAAGUAGAUUUAAUGUAUGUAAGUCAAGUCUCCAAAGCCGUGUUUACACUAGAGACCUAUAUCUUACCUAAGACCGACUAGAACAUGUUGGUUUUGUAGUGUAACCGCACUAGGUCUGACCUAAGACUGAUCUAUAGGACCGACCUAAAACCAUGUGUUCAGGCCAAGUAUUAGAGGUGGCCUGAAAACAUGAUCUUUGGUCAGUCUCAGGUCAGGCCUGCGGUGUAAACACAUUUUCAUUGACCCAGGACGUGCUCGAGCCUAAUUUUCAUGACAACAAACGUAAAUUUGAGUCUUUGAUGUCAGCACUCAGCGGAUAUCAUUGAUUUUGCAUGUACUAUAAUGACUAAUUCAAUGGGACUUGGGUCUUUAGUUAGGUAACAGAUGUAAACACACCGUGUAAGGCCUGGCUAGGUACUUUCCAGGUACAGGUAAAUGUCAGGUAGGCCUAAAUGUCCCUUACUGUAAACAGGCACGGCUCAAGUUUGUUAACCAUAAAACAUAAAGAUCUUACUGAUACGAUUACAAGUUAUCCUAAAUAGGCCCUUUCAAGAUUAACAACGCUAUGAAACAUACAGUAAUAGUGCACGACACAAUAUGCACAGGCAAAAAGCAGCGAAUUUAUUCAUGUGUUUACGCUUCUGAUUAUUGUAAAUUUAUUUACGUACCGGGAAUUCAAACGGUUAAUUUUUCCGAUGUUCCCAAAUAAUAGCUAACCUCCUUCAUACCGAUUCCCACUAUUUCAAUUUGGAAAAUACGCACGAUGCAUUUUUUAAACAAAACGUUUAACUGCAGGUCGAGGUAUUGCACGAUAAUUAUAUGCAUGGCGGCCAUGCUGGGACGAAACUAUAAAUUAUUUUUCUGCAGCAUUUGUUAUGCAUGGUGGAAUCGUUGUGAGGGAAUUUCCAUAAUAACGAUUUCCUUGUCAACAAGGGAAUCGCCUAAAAUAAUUAUAUCGUAUUCCUACCAAUGACAUUAAUACUGUAUAUUCAUUUGCGUUCUCAACGGGCUCAAUUAGUUAAACUAGCCAUUCUGGUCACACUUUUUUCCGUAUGAUGAAUAUGCGAAAUGAAUAUUUAAUUCAUAGCACCCAUCGUACUUUUCGCGCUUGGCUUUUACCUUUUAGCUUUGUCGGCGGACAACAUUAAUGCAAUUAGCAGUAUACUUUUAACAUUCAUCGCAAUAUGUCAAUCUUUCUGAUUUAGAGCUGCACUACAGUAAAGCGAUUUUCAUACAUCUUAUACGUACAGAAAAGUUUAACUCUAUAUAUAUAUUGUAUGCGGUUGCCCAUAUCAAAAUAGUGCAAAAAGCUUGACCUAGCCCACUUAAAAGGCGUAUGCUUACAGAAAUGUUUAUUAUAAUUUUUUUCUAUGUUAGAGUUAUGUACUCAGGUGAAUAUGAUGCUUGUGAUGUUACUCUGAGUGUAUAUCCACACCGGACAAGCUUGAAAAAAUAUACCUGGCUUCCCACCGUGGCCAGGCAUAUUUUUCAAGCUUGUCCGGUGUGGAUAUACACUCAGAGUAACAUACAAGCAUCAAUGUUUAUUAUAGUUAAAAAAUAUUUGAUAAAAUAUAUAGGUGGAGUAUAUGUUGAAGAGACAUAAGCAUAUACAUGUAUAUAUGCCCAAAAACUAAUUGUUUGUUUCCAAUAUAAAUUUCAGUGGUGUUGUGAAUACAUCGAAGGCAACCAAAUUUAAGGAGUAUGGUUUUGAGAAUGAGUCGAUGUCUGUUUACUCAGCACGUGGUUGGCAAUUUGACAGAGAAUCGCCAUAUAGUGGUUCACCAUUUGCUAGUAUUGAUGCAAUACCUGGCUUUGAUGAAGAUGGCUUGCCUUCUGAUGCUCGACCAGAUACGCGUGUAUAA